AUGGGCCCACCAUAUUAUGAACCCGCAACCCGCAAUGGUCCAUUGCGCUCUCCUAUAAAUGCGAAGAGAGGCUACGAUUAUUUUCAAGCAGAAGCAGUUGUAGUCCAAAUGGAAAUAAAAAGAUGGUCUCUAGUAGCGGUGGUGAUAGGGAUGGUUAAUGUCAUGCUUUUAGUAGAAGGGUGUUUAGAGGAAGAGAGAAUUGCUCUCUUGCAAAUCAAAACUUCCUUUUAUUCCCCAAAUGGCUUAUCAUCCCAGUAUUACUCUUGGGGAAAAGAUGCCAACUGUUGUAACUGGGAAGGAGUCUACUGCAGUGUCACUACAGGGCGAGUUGUCACACUCGAUCUUAUCAUCAAAAGAUUAGAGGAUUGGUACUUAAAUGCCACUUUGUUUCUUCCUUUCCAAGAACUGAACUCUCUUGACUUGAGUGGAAAUAAUAUACUCGGUUGUGUUCAGAAUGAAGGUUUUGAAAUACUUUCCAAACUCGACAAUUUGGAGGAUCUCUAUUUAAGUAGUAACAAGUUUAACAACAGCAUCCUAACAUCUCUAAGUGCUCUUUCAUCUUUGAAAUCAUUAUUUCUAUCCGGCAAUAGACUCAAAGGAUCAAUUAAUAUUGAAGGUGGUGAAGCAUUAUUGGAAUUGAGCAAUUUAGAGGUCCUUUCACUGGGUGAAAAUCGCUUCAAUAACAGCAUAUUACAAUCCCUUAAGAAAUUGGAUGCUUUGAUCAACUUAAAGUCGGUGGUUCUGGAUGGAAAUAAGAUUGACAAAUUCAUGUUCGCAAAAGAUAGUAGAGGUUUUCCAAACCUAAGCUCCCUUUAUUUAUAUAAUAUGACCACAAAUGGAAGAAGCAUUCCAUUCUCAUUACUGCAAUCAUUGGCAAAAUUCGCAAACCUCAGGACCCUUGUUCUGGGAUGGAACCAUUUUGACGGAACAAUAUUAGCUCAAGGUGAUUAA